UCAAUUUAUCCUAUUUAAUUUAAUGCUGUAUUCCAGAAAUUCUCAUGCACAAACCAGAAAACCCACAGAGAUAAACAAGGAAUCGUGAUUCUGGUGCAUUCCCUUCCAGAUUUUUAUGCCACCCUCAAUCCCACCAACCUGCUUGUUUUGCAAUCAUCUCGUCGUUGUUUUCUGUUCCUACCGCCCAAUUGCAAUUUUUCUCCUUUUAUUCUUCUGUGCCUCUGUGGGGUCACUCGAUUUCUUUUCCACGAAAGUAAAGUUGCCUCUUGCACGAUACAACGCCCCUUUUUUGCGCAAAUGAGCUCCCAUUCGGACCAAUCAAUGCAUUAAUACCCCCUCUUGUUUGGCGUUUUCAUUUCCCCCUUUGCUGCACAGCUCAUCUCUUGCUUUUCUUCCAGCGCUCGUUAUCCCCGGGAGAUUUGAUCAUUGCAACGUGAACGUUCAUGUUCUUAGAGGGAUAGAGAUUUUGGAUCGUACAUUUCUCAGCAAUACUGCUUAGGUCCUCAACACUCAGGGACGCUCAUAACGCGUGGGUGUAUUAAAACGAAAACAAACUUGAUGGCUGAAAGUGUGAGACCAACAUGGGUGACGGUGGUGGUGUUAAUACUUCUAUCGGCCUUCGUGUUUGUUUCGGCCGAAAGAGGCUUGAAACUGGAAGCAGCGUCACGGUUUAAUGCAACCGAAGGGCUUCAAACCGAUUUCCUUCACCGAGCUGUUAAUUUCUUAUGGCGAUCAGAGGAAUCUGGUUAUCAGCACGUGUGGCCGGAUAUGAAAUUUGGAUGGCAAAUUGUCCUUGGUUCCAUGAUUGGCUUCUGCGGAGCUGCAUUUGGAAGCGUUGGUGGCGUUGGGGGUGGAGGCAUUUUCGUCCCCAUGCUUAGUCUAAUCAUCGGGUUUGAUCCAAAAUCAUCAACUGCCAUCUCAAAAUGCAUGAUCAUGGGAGCUGCCGCGUCAACUGUUUACUAUAACCUUAAACUAAGACAUCCUACGUUGAAUAUGCCCAUCAUUGACUAUGAUUUGGCACUGCUCAUUCAACCGAUGCUUAUGCUCGGAAUCAGCAUAGGGGUGGCCUUCAACGUUGUAUUUGCUGAUUGGAUGGUUACUGUGUUGCUUAUUAUUCUCUUUCUAGGAACUUCCACAAAAGCAUUCUGUAAGGGUGUUGAAACAUGGAAAAAGGAAACCUUGAUGAAAAAGGAAGCUGCCAGGCGACAAGAGUCAAAUGGUCCAGGGGCUGAAGUAGAAUACAAACCUCUUCCUAGCGGACCGACUGUUGCCAUCGAAAAGGACACCAAGGAACCUGAGGUGACCAUUAUUGGAAAUGUAUACUGGAAGGAGUUUGGACUCCUUGUUUUUGUUUGGGUUGCAUUCCUUGCACUGCAGAUAGCCAAGAAUCAUACAUCCAAUUGUUCAGUAUCAUAUUGGGUGCUGAACUUGCUACAGGUUCCAGUUUCAGUUGGGGUAUCUACGUAUGAGGCAGUUGGUUUAUACAGAGGAAAGAGGAAAAUUGCUUCCCAGGGAGAUCCAAGGACAGAUUGGAAAGUUCACCAACUGAUUAUCUAUUGUUUCUUCGGUGUACUAGCGGGAGUAGUUGGUGGCUUGCUCGGUCUAGGAGGAGGAUUCAUUAUGGGUCCCCUGUUCUUGGAGCUAGGAAUCCCACCUCAGGUCUCAAGUGCCACGGCCACUUUUGCUAUGACCUUUUCCUCUUCCAUGUCUGUGGUAGAAUACUAUCUUCUUCACCGUUUUCCAGUUCCUUACGCUCUUUAUUUUACAGCCGUGGCCACCUUUGCUGCCUUGGUAGGGCAGCAUAUUGUGAGAAGGCUAAUCAUGUUAUGUGGGAGAGCGUCACUUAUCAUCUUCAUUCUAGCUUCUACAAUAUUUGUUAGUGCCAUUUCUCUAGGUGGAGUCGGCAUAGCAAAUAUGAUCCAAAAGAUUGAGAGCCAUGAAUAUAUGGGAUUUGAGAACCUCUGCAAGUACUAGUAGGGGCAAAAAAAACAAAAUCCUCUACAAGUGUGGUUCAUUGCAGCUUCUUGGAAGAGAUUUUGACAUUGGUUCCACCAUCCCUGAAAUUUUCCCCGCGGGAAUACAAGGAUGGCUGUUGUUGUAUCAUUCACAAUUUUAUAGUUGUUGUUGGAUUUCUUUAGGCACUUGAAAAGAAAAUUGUACCUAAAAACAUUAUGCUUAUUACUUGAGCAAAACAUGAAUCUCCCUCUUAUUGCAGCCUAGUAUCCGAUUUUUUUAUAAAUUAACAGAUUCAGGUCAA